CAUUAUGGUACACAGGAGCUGGCUGUUGUGGCUAACAAUUUUGCUGACAUUGUGGAUGUUGUCAGAGGCUCAAGAUGGUGACAGAGAGGAUGAGACUACUUUUGACUUACUGCAAAUCAGCAAUAUAAACAGGAAGACAAUUGGAGCAAAAGUGUUUCGGGGGAACAUUUCCAGUGGCCCAGCAUACCGUUUCAUCCGGUUUGACCACAUACCUCCUCUUAACAAAGAGAAAUCAGAACAGAUUAUCAAACUGAUCCAGCAAAAUGAGGGCUUCAUCCUCACAGCCACCUUGAGGCAGGAUAGGAAGUCCAGGGGAACCCUCAUUGGUCUGGAAGGACCUGGUAUCUCUCAGCGACAGUUUGAGAUUAUUUCUAAUGGCCGAGACAAUACCCUGGAACUUUCCUACUGGGUAGAUGGCUUCCGGAAGGUGUAUCCUUUGGAAGAUGUGGACCUAGCUGAUUCCCACUGGAAGAAUAUCACAGUGCAAGUAACAGGAGAAAACUACAGUCUCUAUGUUGGCUGUGACCUCAUUGACAGCCUAAACCUGGAAGAUCCUUUCUAUGAACACCUAAAAGCAGAGAACAAUAGAAUGUAUGUGGUAAAAGGAUCCAUCAGAGAGAACCACUUCCGGGGUCUCCUACAAAAUAUUCACCUGGUUGCUGGAACUUCAAUAGAGGAUGUUUUAUACAACAAAGGAUGCCGAAAGGGCCAGUCAGCUGAAGUGAAUACCAUCAAUGAGAAUACAGAGAUCCUUCAUCUUAACCCUUCCAUCAUGACAGAAUAUGUUGGUGAAAAGACAGAAAAGAAGGCAGAGUUCUGCGAUCGCUCUUGCGAGGAGCUUGGAUCUAUGUUUACUGAACUCACUGGACUGCGUAUUGUUGUCAACGGCUUAACAGAAAAUCUACAAAAAGUGUCUAAGGAGAAUGAAAUCAUGUGGGAAUUACUUGGCCCCAACAAAACACUCAGGAACCAGUCAGCUUGCUGGCAAGAUGGGCGUGAAUUUGCAAAUAAUGCGCAGUGGGUUGUGGACAGCUGUACGAAGUGUAACUGCCAGGACUCUAAGACAAUAUGUCAUAAAAUCACAUGCCCAGCAGUGCACUGUGUCAGCCCAUUAUUUAUCGAUGGCGAGUGUUGUCCUGUCUGCUCUUACCCUGAUGACAGUGAAGAGGGCUGGUCUCCAUGGUCUGAAUGGACAGAAUGCUCUGUCACAUGUGGUUCUGGAACCCAGCAGCGAGGAAGGUCAUGUGAUGUCACCAGCAACACUUGCCGAGGCCCAUCCAUUCAAACCAGAAUCUGUUCCCUUGGCAAAUGUGACAAUCGCAUACUUCAGGAUGGUGGCUGGAGCCAUUGGUCGCCUUGGUCUUCCUGUUCUGUGAGCUGUGGAAUAGGCAAUAUAACUCGCAUACGACUCUGCAACUCCCCGAUCCCACAGAUGGGUGGGAAAAACUGUAAAGGCAGUGGCCGGGAAACUAAAGAAUGUGAAGCAGCCCCAUGUCCAAUCAAUGGUCGAUGGGGCCCCUGGUCUCCAUGGUCUGCUUGCACAGUUACCUGUGGAGGAGGGAUUCGAGAAAGGUCUCGUCUCUGCAACAGUCCACCACCUCAGUAUGGUGGAAAGGCAUGUGUGGGAGAUGUCAUGCGGUAUGAUAUGUGCAACAAACAGGAUUGCCCAGUAGAUGGAUGUUUGUCAAAUCCUUGCUUUCCCGGAGCAGAAUGCAACAGUUAUCCUGAUGGUUCUUGGUCCUGUGGCCCGUGUCCUGCUGGUUACCUUGGAAAUGGAUCAUUCUGUGAGGACCUGGAUGAGUGUGUGGUAGUGCCAGACAUUUGCUUUAAAUUAAACCAGAAUCACCGUUGUGUAAACACAAAUCCAGGAUUCCAUUGCUUGCCGUGCCCUCCACGCUACAAAGGAACUCAGCCGUAUGGGGUGGGCCUUGAGGCUGCCAAGAAAGAAAAGCAAGUAUGUGAACCUGCAAACCCUUGCAAAGACAAGACACACAACUGCCACAGAUCUGCAGAGUGCAUCUACCUGGGUCAUUUCAGUAAUCCCAUGUACAAAUGUGAAUGUCUGACAGGCUAUGCUGGUGAUGGAUUCAUCUGUGGUGAAGAUUCUGACCUUGAUGGAUGGCCCAAUAAUAACCUGGUCUGUGCUGCCAAUGGUACUUAUCACUGCAUAAAGGAUAACUGUCCUCUUCUGCCAAAUUCUGGACAAGAAGACUUUGAUAAGGAUGGCAAAGGCGAUGCCUGUGAUGAGGAUGAUGACAACGAUGGUGUAGAGGAUGAUAAAGACAAUUGUCCUCUUCUUUUCAAUCCCCGUCAAUUUGAUUACGACAAGGAUGAAGUUGGUGACCGCUGCGAUAACUGUCCUUAUGUGCAUAAUCCUGCUCAGAUUGACACCGAUAAUAAUGGAGAGGGAGAUGCAUGUGCAGUGGACAUUGACGGAGAUGAUGUUUUCAAUGAACGAGAUAAUUGCCCAUAUGUCUACAACACAGACCAGACAGAUACGGAUAGGGAUGGAGUUGGCGAUCAAUGUGAUAACUGUCCACUGGUGCACAAUCCUGAUCAGACUGAUAUAGAUAAUGACUUGGUUGGCGACCAGUGUGACAACAAUGAGGACAUAGAUGAAGAUGGUCACCAGAACAACAAAGAUAACUGUCCUUACAUUUCCAACGCCAAUCAGGCUGAUCAUGACAAGGAUGGUAAAGGGGAUGCAUGUGAUUCUGAUGAUGAUAAUGAUGGGGUCCCAGAUGACCGAGACAACUGCCGCCUGACGUUCAAUCCUGACCAGAAGGAUUCAAAUGGUGAUGGCAGAGGUGAUAUCUGCAAAGAUGAUUUUGACAAUGACAGAGUCCCUGACAUUCAUGAUGUGUGUCCUGAAAAUGAUGCCAUUAGUGAGACUGAUUUCAGAAAGUUCCAAAUGGUGCCCCUGGAUCCUAAAGGAACGGCUCAGAUUGAUCCAAAUUGGGUUAUUCGUCACCAGGGCAAAGAACUCGUACAGACUGCUAACUCAGAUCCUGGCAUAGCUGUAGGUUAUGACGAGUUCAGUUCUGUUGACUUCAGUGGUACAUUCUACGUUAACACAGAUCGGGAUGAUGAUUAUGCUGGGUUUGUCUUUGGCUAUCAGUCCAGCAGUCGUUUCUAUGUCCUGAUGUGGAAACAAGUUACUCAGACCUAUUGGGAGGACAAACCCACCAGAGCUUAUGGUUAUUCAGGAGUAUCACUUAAAGUAGUAAACUCUACAACUGGCACUGGAGAACAUCUGAGAAAUGCCCUUUGGCAUACUGGAAACACUCCUGGACAGGUGCGUACCCUGUGGCAUGACCCUAAAAAUAUUGGCUGGAAAGAUUAUACUGCCUACAGGUGGCAUUUGAUCCACAGGCCUAAAACGGGAUUAAUAAAGGUGAUAGUAUAUGAAGGAAAGCAGAUCAUGGCAGAUUCUGGACCAAUCUAUGACACGACCUAUGCUGGUGGGCGGUUAGGUCUUUUUGUCUUUUCACAAGAAAUGGUUUAUUUCUCUGACCUCAAGUAUGAAUGUAGAGAUGUCUGAGCUAAGGCUGUUGUGUAACCAGCAAAGUACUGUAGAUGCUGUUCAACCUAGACACCUCUGUACAUCCUGGUACUUCAACCCCCU